UAACACAUCAACUCAGCAUCUCCGAACAACGCAGGAUCAAUAGUACUGGUCCUUUUAUCCUACCCGACGACCUAUUUCAGCUGUUUGACACCCUCGCUUCAAGCUCCAGCCUGGUCGAUCUCCAGCCUCGCGCUCAGCCUCGCAUCAAUCGCUCAGAUCAUCUGAUAUUGAAGACACGGGAGCAUUACUACUACUACUACCACCACCACUAUCGCUACCGCCACCGACGCCAAAAUGUUCUCCAAGAUCUUCGCUACUGCUCUUCUUUCCGCCACCUUCGCAUCAGCCCUGCCCGGUGUGUCCACUUGGGGCAACGGAACCAACGGUUGGGGCGGCGGAGUCGUCGAGUCCGAGUGCGCUACCACCUACUCUACAUCCUAUUACACCGUGUCGACGGUUGUGCCAGUUGUCAAGAGCCAAACGACGUGGGUCCCAACCGUGACCACGUCCACCGGCGUCGAGACCAUGUCGACGCUUGUGACGAAUGAACAAGUGCAGACCACAUGGUCCGAAGAAUGCUACACGACCUCGUACCCCGUAACGACCGUUAUGUGGGUGACCACCGUGGUGGAGACCGGAGUGCCCGUCUACGAGACCGAGACUUGCACCGAGACCUCCGUCUGGACGGUCGCCAAGCCGAUUGUCAUCUCGACUGCCGUCCCCAGCGUCGAGGUGUGCACAGAGUACGAGACCAGCUGCGCGACGUCCAGCACUGUCGUCGCAAGCACGACAUGCACGCCUUGCGCAACACCAAAGGGCUGGUAAGCUUUCUGAACAACGUUCAAGUCUUGUCUGGUCGGGAAGGAAUCACGAUGAAAGAAUAAAGACAUCAUCACUGUUUGUGACGUGAGAGGGUGCAUCUAAUGUGUUAUUUUAUUGUAAUACUUUGAAACAUGAUCUUGACGGGCCAUGAGUAUACGCGGAUAAAAAUGAAGUUCAUGGGAUGGCGCUUGGGCGGAAGGGAAUAAUGAUUUUGGCAUCAAGACCGGAUUAGAUCUAUCUGAUACAAAUUAGCUGCAGAAUGGAUAUUAAUCAUCGUACACAGUCUUCUCAA